ACAACAACCAAUCAAAAAUAAAACCCAACAAGCCAUCUCAUCCUCACACAACUUAUUAUCAUUUUCUUAUCUUAUUAUUAUUUAUUAAUAUUAAUAUUAUUCUUCACCAUAUUUCCGAUGACUGUACCAAACUUUCCGGCGACUCUCCGCUAACCACCACAUCACAUGUCUCCACCACCACCGCCGCCGUCGUCACUCACCAAACCCCACCCUACCUCCCUCUCCGACCUCAUCUUCUCCGCCUUCUCUCUCUUCGUCUUCUACUCCUCUUCCCCCAAUUUCAACCCUAACCCUAACCGCCGCCGUUUCUUCAAAUUCCCGAUCAUGCCGUUAACCACCACGGCGGUCAACAAACUCUCCACCACCAACCGCCACCACUUCGCCACACCACAAUCCUUAUCGGACUGGCUCCGGCCGCGCCUCCCGUCGGACUCUUUCGCCGCCUGGGGGACCAAACCUGGCACCAAAAACGUCCAUAACCUCUGGCUGGAGCUCGCCGACGGUGAAACGUCACUCGCCGACUCCACACCUCCGGUCCGGACCGUUGAAGUGGUUGUUGUUCGUGUUCGAGGGAGCGGUAACCGUUUUUUGAUCGAAUCGCAUCAGGAAUUGUCGAAUGGAGACGUGCGAAACCGGUCGAGGCCGCUUUCGGAGAAAAUGAAGCCUGGAGAGACUGUGGAACAAGCAGUUGUGAGAGCAGUUAAAGAAGAACUUGGAUCAAUAAUUGAGAAUGUUGAGAGUGAUGUUGUGAGAAUUGUGGCGGAUUCGUAUACGAAUAAGGUGGAGGAAAGAGUGUCUGUGUCGUAUCCGGGGUUGCCGGCUUGUUAUAUAUUGCAUACAGUGGAUGCAUAUGUUGAUGGAUUGCCUGAGGGUGAGUUUUGGACUGAGGAAGGGGAUGAGUAUGAGGGUUUGGGUGAGAAGGAACAUGAACGGUGCGAAUUGGCGGUUUCUUGCAAGAAGCAUUACUGGAAAUGGGUUGAUGAGGGUUCGGGUUCGUCUUGAGUUUUGCAGUUGUGGAGGUGAGUUUGAGUUAUCAUUUUUGUGUUUCUUGAUUUAUAUGUGUUUAUAAUAUAAUAGUUACAGUCUUACAGAAGCUUUUUUGGCUUCAUAAAGGAUUAAAGGUUAUAACUUUAUGUUUUUUGGAACUUGGUUAUACUGUUUAAAUGAAGUCUUGAUGUUUUAAAGUAUGUAAAUUUUGUUGAUCCCUGUUGAGUAGUUUGUUUAGUGUUCUAUUGUAUGUAUGAUUAUGCAGAGCAGAAAUGGUACUUUUAAGUUUUGGUGCU